AAAUCUCGAAUCAUAUAUUUCACUCUAGACUCUUAAUAAUAUUGACAUGGUGGUGGUUGGUAAUCAGUUAUACGGUAGCUAUACGGUAGCUAUACGGUAGCACAAUUAUUGCUAUUGUACCUAGUCAUCGUUUGUUUUUGCGUUCAACCUCACGGAUAAGAUAGCCAGAACCCCAGUACUCCUGUACUCACAACAACCACUAAAGGGUCUAACUGCGCCACUUUUCUACACCUUCUUCGCUCCUUCGGCUGCAGUUAUCCCCACUUCAAUAACAAUAACAAUAACCUUAAUAAGUUCCCAUUCUCCAGCAGAUCACGAAGAAGAAACAUCAAACAUUUUUCCUCACGUAGAGCUUCACUAUUACGAUGGUUGAUGCCGGUAUGGUCAAGCGAAAGGAUACCACAAAAGGUCCUCCUUUACGUAUAUUAUCUCUAGGUAAGGCAGACAACACCUCCAACCUUUCGCACAUUUCAUUAACAUAUUACAGAUGGAGGUGGUGUACGAGGGUAUUCUAUGCUCAUUAUCAUUCAGGAGCUUAUGCACAGGACUUAUGUCGAAAUCGAAGGAAAAGCACCUCGACGAGAUCAAAUCCCAAAACCUGCCGAUCAUUUUGAUUUGAUAUGUGGGACGGGAACUGGUGGUUUAAUCGCGAUUAUGCUUGGCAGAUUACGACUGGACUUGGAGACAUGUAAAGAAGUCUAUGUACGAAUGACGAGGAAGGUUUUCGAAACGGAUAAAACUAUCGCGGGUAUCCCGUAUCGAUCGACUUUAUUUAAGGCUUCGAAGUUGGAGGAGGCUAUUAAAGAGUGUGUACGAGAACACACUUUGUAUGAAAAGGAAGGAAACGAUGGGGAUAGGUAUGCGCCAGCAUCCACCUAUCCAGGAAGUCCGAUUAGCCCAUUUAGUCCGGCUGCGAGGGCCGAACCAAAGCGGCAUUCAAGUAAUGCUAGUGUCGCAAGCUUCAGUAACAGGAGCCCUAGCAGCUAUCAAAACAAACCAUACAUCUCGUCGCGCUGGGGUAAUCCUAAUGCUAGAUUAUAUGACAACCGACCAGAAAGGACCAAGACGUAAGGUUUUCCACAAUCACCAUAUACUAAAAUAGCUAACAUAGAAUAGUGCCGUAACAGCAGUCUAUAAAGGUACUCCAAAAGGUGGGGCGCCAGCCUUACUUCGAUCCUACGAUUCACGAAAAGAGCCCUCACCGGAAUAUGAUUGUAAAAUUUGGGAAGCAGGACGAGCAACAUCAGCUACCGGACUCGCAUUCAAACCUAUUCAAAUCGGACAAUCAGUAUUUAUUGACGAGGGUGCUGGCCAAUUUAAUCCUGCGCCUGUCGUUCUCGAUGAAGCUGCAGUUAACGAAUGGCCUGGACGAGAUGUCGGAGUGUUUAUUAGUAUAGGAACAGGAAAGAGACCACCAGGAAGUGAUCACAAUCAACAUAUAUGGUAUGAAGGUUUCAUGGGAGAAUUUGCAGAAGCACGAAGGCGGUUGAUAUCUAAAAUCGAAGGAUGUGAAGCCACACAUCAAUACAUGAAAGCAGAACAUCUCAGUAAACGAGGCGUCAACAUUGAAAAUUAUUAUCGACUUAAUGUGGAAAUUGGUGUAGGAGAAUUUGGUAUGAAUGAGUGGAAUCGUCUCGCGGAUAUUAGCACCGGAACCAGAAGGUACCUAGCCAAGAACGAUAUCCAAAAAAUGAACAUCGAGGCAGCCGUGAAAUUGUCAAAGAUUCACAGAGCGAUCCAGAGAGCAAACGGCCACAUGAGAUUACCAUCCAUGGGUAACAGAGGAGAAAGUUAUAAAGACCUACCCGAUGUUCCCGAAGCUAAUCCUCUGGCUGUGGAACUCCCGGCCGAAGUACCUCCAUUGACACCUGUUUCCAAUAACGCCUGGACACCAUCCCCCAGACCAAGUUACGAAUCAGGACAUCAUGAUAAUCUGGAAGUUGCACCUUUGAGCGCCAUUAAGAGUGAUACCUUCUCUCUGAUUUCCCCCUUAGACCACCAUUCGCCCCAUUCAUCUCCUUUAAGCGGACCCAGCGAUUAUGAUGAUAGAUUGACCGUUAGCUCUCCGACUCCAAGUCAAUACCGCACCGCUUCUGGAUCUGAUAAGAUCGCAAUAAUGAGUUUGGAUGAAUAUCCUCGUCCAGAUAUUCGAAUUUCAGAUCCUCCACUAAGAAAUCCAAGAAGAGUUUCAGGUCCACCACCAGUACCGCCGAAAACACCAAUUAAUGGGGAAAGACCUGGAGAUGGAAUGUAUAGAAGACCAAUUGAUAAUGGAAAUGUGGCACCUUAUCCAUUGGAGGAUGGACCGCCACCCAUAGUUAAUAUGGCGAGGAAACCUAAUUAUGGAAGAUAGAGGUUUUGAAGGGAAUGGUGGAGAAAUAAAAUGACUCGACCUACCGAUUGAUUAAAUGAUGAAUAGGAUAACUGGAAUUGGGAAGGAAAUCGGCGUUUGGGCUUAACUCAGAAAUGAGUAAUUAUGGAUUAUGAUGGAUGGGAGUUUGAAAUCGGCUGGUUCAGAUGAAUUUGGGUUGUUGCGAUACCUUUUUUAUUUUAUGCUUCUUCUAUGUUUUUAUGCGGGUGAAUGGAAUGGAAAGGAAUGAGAUGAUAAAUACCUAGUAGAUGCGAGUGGAUUGGGAGUGAUAUAUCCCCAGAAAGCGAUUUGGUUUUUAGUCAUAUGAAUGUACUGAUGUACUGAAUAAGUAUAUACUAGGUACUUAGUUUUAUUUACUUUUUUUUAUAAAGUUAUUUGAUUCUUAUUAGGUAUUCAUGGAUU